AUGGCUAGUAAUAAUUUAAAUCCUCUAGAAGGUACAGCUCAUCUGCUAGACGAACUGGACAAAAAACUGAUGGUUUUGCUGCGAGAUGGGAGGACAUUAAUUGGAUAUUUGCGAUGUGUAGACCAAUUUGCCAAUUUAGUACUCCACAAAACUAUUGAGAGAAUUCAUGUUGGAAAGGAAUAUGGAGAUAUACCUAGAGGAAUUUUUAUAGUGAGAGGUGAAAACGUAGUUUUAUUGGGAGAAAUAGACAAGGAUAAAGAGGAAAAUCUACCAUUAACGGAGGUGUCUGUUGAUGAUAUAUUAGAUGCCCAAAGACGGGAACAAGAUGCCAAAGUUGAGCAACAAAAAAUUCUAUCAAAGGCUUUAAAGGAACGAGGACUUAAUUUAUUAGCAGACUUAGGACAUGAUGACAUGUUCUAA